GGCCGAGUUCUCAGUGAUCACUUGACAACGAGGCGAAUUCGGUCACCAAGAAUCACUUCAGAGUCAGACUCACUUCGACACAAAACAGUUCACGUACUGAAACGCCUUGGUAGAAACGUUUAAAGAUGGACAACGUUGAGAACACUGCCCCUGUGGCCACGGAGGACGUGGAGACAACCUUCAGGGUCAAGGUUCCCGCCGAGGGAGAGGAGGCGAAGCAGAGAAGGGUGGUCAGACAGUUUAACACUGAGAGAAGUGUGAAAAUGAAACAACAAUCGCUGGAGAAAAGUCACAUGCAGUUGCGGAUACGAGAACACGGCGUCAAGGCGCCCCCGGGUGCUCUGCCGUUUGCGUCAGCGGAGCAGGUCAUGUCCCCGCUCAUGGUGAGGAAGAUGAAGAGCGAUGACCAGGAGCCAGGCACGGUGGACACUGCCCAGUCUCAUCCCCACCCCCCGGUAGGACCCAAGCUCACACUGUCUCUUCAUGACAUGCAGAGACGUCAGUCCCAUGACAGGGUUUACCGUGUGACAGCUCUGGGUAUACAGGCCGUCGCCACCAACCCCCCUCCAAACGACCAAACUUCUCCUGGGGUCCCACAGAUCAACACGCCUGCGCCGCCGCCGGCAAAAGAUAUCAAACAAAACAGUGUAGACAGUGACCAGCCUUCCAAAUCACCUAAGGUCCUCCCAGCUGCCCCUUACUUGAAGAAACAGCUACAAGAGAACCAAUUUCUCAGCACACCCCCAACUGUCCGCAGGUACCCUCAACAGGUAAACGAGAAAAAGGCACAGACACGGACUACCAGCAAAUCACUCGUAUUACCUGCUAAAAACAAGAAGUUACAGCGUCCAGGCCUAGGUAGGGAAAAGUCACCUCGGCCUAGACUUUCUGUCACACAGUCAUUGCCACUGAAAUUACCUGAGGACCAAACGAAGGACGGUGAAGGUGUUGAAAGUUCUGUGGUACUUCUCUCACCGGGAACGCCGCCGGAGGAGAUACCUGUUGGCGAGAACAUGUCAACCGUCCCGUCCCUCCCGCCAAUAAAUAUGCCGGUCCCAACAACAACUCCUGCCGAACAAACAGCAGAUACCCAGCAAACCAGAGAUGAUGCGUCUGAUGAUGGGAUUAGUGAAGAUGUUAUCGGCCAAGUUGCCAAUGAAAAUGUGCCAAACCAAGAAGAAGAAAAAGAGGAUGGUAAGAGGGAGCCUGUCCUGGACCUGGCCACACGGGUGGAGAAAUGGAUCAACAAGCUGGCGUUUACGACUAAGUCUGCGUCAUAUGGAGACCUUCACGCGGGGAGGAAACUGGGAGCUCAAGGCCUGAACUCGGGUUUAUCGAGAGGUCGUGCACUCACGAUGCCGUCAGACGGCGCGGGCCCGCGUCUUGCCGAACACCGAACUUCCCGUCUGUCAGGUUCACAAGACGGCCAGACGUUCGUUGGUCUGACUCUGGGGAGCCUGACCGAGGGGCUGCUCUCACCGCAGAGCCCAAGGGACCCCUACCUCACCCCUACACAGCGGGCACGCUUUCAGUAUGAUGUCAGAUCAGCUUCCUGUAGCAGCCUGGCCCCGUCCAGGGAUCCGAGAGAGUCCAUAUACAGCGAAGGAGUGGCAGCUCCUCCUGAAGGUUCACUGGAUGAAGAUGCGCCGGUUGGACCCAUCAGAUCGCCGUACUUCCUCCAUCCGUCUACCUGCUCCCAUCUGAGACCCUGUAACGUAGUGGACAGGAUAGAGGCCACCACCGGCAAGAAAGGCGUCCUGGCCUGGCUGGGACUCGGCACGGAGGACGUUCAUCGGAUCAUGCGCAGAGCAUCUCUUAUAAGAGAAGAACAAGAGCGCAUGCGCAAGUUUCCAGUUCUUAAGACCGUAGAUGACACGACUUCGAACGAGACGUGAGGUUUCAAUCUUCGCAAAAUCUGAAGAGU